AUGGCAAAUGAUUUAAGCCAGGUCCUCGACGGCAUGAAACUCGAAGAUGGCAGGCCAGAUAUCCAGUUGCGCAUGUCAGCAAUACAACGUCUCCUCAAUAGCUCAACCUUGACAUUCGGAGAAAUGCGAUUAUUCAAAGCGCACUUUGAUCGAGUGACAUUUUACCUUGAUGGUAUCGCCCAAUCACCAGAUGAGAUUCUUACGCUUGUCGUGGAGCAUCUCGAUCUCGAGGACUUUAUGUUUAUGCGUCGCGUUUCAAGAGACUGGAGAGAGAAAUUGUCCAACGAAAAGCUUUGCGCGUCACUACUUAAGAUACACUUUCGUAAAACUUGGGAGAUCAAAUUUAAGUCAUUGGAAAACAAUGACAGGCAGCUAAAGGUUGAUGACUUCCUUGACAUGUGUAUAAGACGACUUAAGAGAGACCGUGGCAUGUAUGAUGAAGUAAUGCACUACGAUUAUUUAUCAGACCCAAACGAUGACAGUUUCUAUUCAAAAUGGUGUCACGAAGAUUGUUAUAGACAAAGGUUUCAAUACAAAAGCGGAAGAAUAGCAAUGAGAAAGGAUCCUACCACUAUUCAAGUCAUCGAUCUCCGUACACAUGUUUCGAGACGCUAUAUGCAUGAGUCUCGAUAUAACUUCGAUUAUUGGGUACUCUCAGAUCAAAUGCUCGUAGCCUAUUUUGAUAGUCCAAAACCACGAUUCAACGUAUGGCAGCUUGAUGAAGAAGAUGACCCAAGGGUUGUUCAUUUGAACUGUCGUUAUGAGAUAUUGGCCGCCCAAAACAAAAAAAUUGCUUUCGGUGUCAAGAGUCCUUCAUCGAACUACCCUGUUUACAUCUGGAACGAUGGCCAAAUCAAGCAGCUUGCUCAUCCGGAAUUCGGCAAUUUGUAUCCCAAUCAUGAGAUUAAGUUUUGCGAAAUCUUCUUCCAUCCCAUUCAAGAGGAUCAUCAUUUCUUAUUCUACCAUGCCUCUACUUUACCCUUGGGUGGAACUCCACGCGAAACCGGAAGCGAUCUAAUAAUCGUCCAAGAAUAUAUCGCAGGAGUACCACAGGGGCAAUGGAAUGAAGUGCUUCGAUCAUGCUUCGAGAAAACCAUGCUCAAGUUUCGAUUGAUCAGCGACGAUGGCGUUGUGGCACUUCUAUCACGAAUGUACCACUCGCCAAAGAGGAGAGCUUCCAUUCAACGAUCACCUUGUAACCAUAAUGUAUCAUCGGCUACAAAUUCUGGUGCUUACUUCCUCAUGACCUUCAACCUCAUGACCCAAAAGCUUGGAACCAUUUCAACUCACCUCGAGCCGUUUCUAGAAGAAUUCCCUACUCCUAUAAACCCGCUAUUUUGGCGUGGCCAGGCUACUGUUCCCUACGAUACUAGAAACACUGGUACUUACGACGAACGUUGGAAGCCCAAAGGAGAAAAUAAGCCUUAUACUCUAGUAUCCUCAAGCAAGUGCGAUACGACGAAGACAAACCUUCAAUGUGUGGGAAAGCACAAGUUUCCUCCACACAGUGGCUUGAGCACACUUGCCGCCUUUUGUUUGCCCAUCGACAUAGAAGCCACCACAACGUCAAAUGAAUUUAAGAAGGGUGCUGUGUGGGGCGAUGAUGACUUUAUCAUCUAUAGUCAUCACAAAGGAUAUAUUGUAUGGAGUUUCAACCAAAAGGCAACUCUACCCACAGGUUUGGAAAAAUCCCCUUCGGUCUCCUCGGCGAAAGGAAAAUCGACCCAAAUAAUAUCAAAGUAG